UUCCUCACUGAUUCCCGGUUUGACUCUGCAGAAGUAACUCUUCUUUCUUUCAUAAGCCCUUGAGGCGAUCAAUCCCUCGACACACCAUCGAAGCUUGGUCACCAUCCGUCCUGUUAGACUUUACAGCUUUGAAUAAGAAUACUUGGCCGCUUCAAUCCCAUACAUUCAGAACAAAAAUGCCUGCUACCUCGGGACCUUUGACGCCGGGUCUGGCGUCCUUCCUCAAGACUUUGAAGACGAAUCCCAUUGAUACAUCGAUUGACAAUUUGAUCUCGCUGCUCAAGCGCAGACAAAUCCGCCAUUCCAGAUCGUGUGCAACUGCGACCGCCUAUCUCCUCCGCGGUGUCAUUUCGGCCUCCAGAACGAACGACGCCAGCAAGUUGAUCGAAAGAGUGCAGCAUGUCGGUAGGCGGCUUAUGGCAGCGCAGCCCCGAGAGAUGGUGGUGGGCAACAUUGUCCGGCGUGUGCUCGGAUUGAUUCGCGACGAGGCUGAAGACGACCGUGAGGGUGACUUCAAUUUGAGCGAAGCUGGCUCUGAAAGCCAACCCCAGACUCCUCGUGGUCUCGACGACCCAACCGAUGCUCUUUCCGGCCGCCAUGACGGCUCCGACCGUGGUGCAUCGAGACAGCCCUUCUCUGCCCUGACGGCCGCCCCUAUAUCUAUGUUCAGUCUGCUUUCGCAUCCCGAGGCCGAGAAUUCACUCCCUGGUACCCCUAUAUCCGCGUCACCCUCCGGUCGGCUCCUUGGCCACGCACCCACCAAAGACAUUCGAGCUGAAGUCCUGGACGGCAUCAGCGAGAUCAUCGACGAAUUGACUCAGGUAGACGACCAGAUUGCGGCAUAUGCUUUGGACCACAUUCACUCCAACGAAAUCAUCCUCACUCACACCUCUUCAACCACCGUUCAAAAGUUCUUGCUCAAAGCUGCAGCCAAGCGGAAGUUUACUGUUAUCCAUGCCGAAUCUUACCCCAACAACCACGAAGCCACUCACGCCACUGUCAGCGGGGCCAAUCCCCAUGACGAUGAGCUUCUGAGCACUGAGUCGUUCCAAAAACCAUUGAUUGCCCUGGGCAUUACCGUCAUUCUCAUUCCUGACUCCGCGGUCUUCGCACUCAUGUCUCGUGUGAACAAGGUCAUUUUAGGCACGCACUCUGUCCUGGCCAACGGUGGUCUGGUUGCCGCAGCCGGUACUCGGGUCAUCGCUCGCGCAGCCAAGGUGCAUCAGACGCCCGUUGUUGUGGUGAGCGGUGUCUACAAGCUGAGUCCCGUAUACCCGUUCGAUUUCGACUCGUUGAUCGAAUAUGGAGACGCUAGCAAGGUCAUCGAGUACGAGGACGGCGACUUGGUGGAUCAGAUUGACGUACAGAAUCCGUUGUACGACUAUGUUCCGGCGGAACUGAUCGACCUUUACAUUACAAACUUGGGAGGACAUGCGCCAUCUUACCUGUACCGUAUUGUGUCGGACCACUACCGCAAGGAAGAUAUCAGUGUUUAAAGGCACCCCCCACCGAAGGGCAGAAUCAAUACAAAAAUUUUACGAGGACAA